UGAGUGGGUGUGUAGAUUUAUCAACACGUGCAGGCGAGCUGCUCAGAAACAGCAGCAAGGCGCCACUCCAUGUGCCCUGCCCCUACGCACGUCACGCGUUCACCACACUGCACGCACAAUCCUCUCAGCCUUGUCUCGACCACCAACUCGAAAGAGUUUGUUUCACUGUUGCCUGUUGGCUCAGCCACAUUAUUCAACUGUUUUGGAGGCGGUGGUCGAGACAAUUACACGGCCGCCAGUUUCUCCUCUCGGUGAUGUUCGUGCCGUGCGGAUUACCCGAGAUUACUCCCGGGUCUCGCAAAGCCGAGGGGAUUUGUUGCUACGCAGUGGCUCAGACAAAUGCUUUGAGCCUUUGGCGAGCGGUGUCGGGGAUGGGAGAAUCGCGGCGCUCGCGAGUGGCCCUCCCCGGCCCUUCUCGCGUCAGUUGGCGGUCCAGGACCUAACUGAAUCUAAACCAACCGGUGCUGUUUGUCGCUGGCCGCUUUAUGCGUUGCGCCUCUGGACCCUGCGCUCAGAAACUGGGGGACAAAAGCAAAUGGCGUAACCGAACCGUUUGGGUUUUUUUCUCUUAACCGGUUUUCGUAGUGGCACCGUGGAUUGUUGCUCGGGUUCGAGUGUCUGUCGGGCAUGGUGCCCGGUUCGUGACAGAGCAGAGGGGCAGCCGAGGGACGUUGACGGGCAGCGAGUGGCGGUGGAGCGGAAACGCAGCGCUGGUGGAAGCUUUGGUGAUGUCACCCAACGAGCCAGCAAGGGUGGACUGCGAGAUGCCUUGCGACUUUUGAAAAGUAAAAUCUGACAGCGAUCGCCUGGUUAGUUUCGUUGUUGUCCGGAAGCGGAAAUCGCCACGGUUUUGCCGAGAAAUUUGUGUCUUAACCUGGAAUUGAAAUCGUAAGCUACAGGAAUAUCAGCGUCAUCAGCAGAAGCAUUAUCAUCAGCAGCACCACCGUAAUAUUGGAUCUGCGGUGACAUCAACACCAGCAGCAGGAUGUAAAGUACCUGCAUGGGAAACACGACUGAGUAGAGACCUGCAGCAGCAGCAACAGCGCCAGCAGAAUACAACCAUAAGCUGCACCACCACCACCACCAGGGGCCUCAGCAGUCAUCUCAGCAUCAGCACUGCCACCGCCAGUACCGACGGUCAUAAACUCAGCAGAAUACUGUUACCCCACCACGACAACUCACCGCCGCCACCAGCCCCAACAGCAUCACCACCACUAACCGGCACAGCAGGAUGGUGUGCGCAGCGACGAGCAGCACAGCGUGGCUCCGCGUCAAGGCGUCCGUGCUGCAGAACCUGCUGCUCAUCCUCUCCGUCAUGUCGGUGAUCGUGGGCUGCCUCCUGGGCUUCCUGCUGCGAGCCAAGCAGCUCUCCCAGCAGGAGAUCCAGUAUCUGGCUUUCCCAGGUGAGCUGCUCAUGCGCAUGCUCAAGAUGCUCAUCCUACCCCUCGUCACAUCCAGCCUCAUCUCUGGCCUGGCCGCCCUGGACAGCAAGACGUGCGCCCGCCUGGGCCUGGUGACGGUCUCCUACUACCUGAGCACCACGCUGCUCGCCGUGCUCAUCGGCAUCGUGCUGGCGUGCGCCGUGCACCCGGGCAGCGCGGCGCAGCGCGACGGCCGCGACCAAGGAGGCCGCAGCCUGCCAAGCUCGGCGGACGCCCUGCUCGACCUCAUACGAAACAUGUUUCCAGCCAACCUCGUGGAGGCAACGUUCCAGCAGUACCGCACCAACAUGGUUUCCGUGGUGAAGCCGCGAAACGAGACUCCGCACCUCGUGUCACCCGUCACGUCAACAGGCACCACCCUGCCUCCCAACAUCACUAGUGGUGGAGGUGCUGGUAGAGGUGGUGGUCGUAGCAAAUGGCCUCCAACCAAGCGACCAGCCCCCUCACAGCACCAGCAACACCAGCAGCAGCGAAAGGAUAGCCAGCAGCAGCACCCGGCCAGACACGGAGCGGGCGAUGAGGUGGAGACGACGAUUGAAGGCCGACCGCACUUCGUGUUUCACGUCGUGGCGGAUGAUGACGACGAUGGUGACGGGGAUGGUGACGACGGCGGUAGCGGUCGUGGUGGCGGCGUUGCCACGGAAAGGGUGCUGGUGGAGAUGGUUACGCUGCCGCCCCGCGUGUCUUACCGGAGCGUCCCGGGCACCAGCGGGGGAAUGAACGUCUUGGGAAUCGUCAUCUUUUCAGCUACCAUGGGGGUGAUGCUCGGCAAGAUGGGACACAACGGCUUGCCGCUCGUCACGUUCUGCCAGUGUCUCAAUGAGGCUGUGCUGCGCAUUGUAUCCGUCACUGUGUGGUACUUCCCGCUGGGCAUCGUGUUCCUGGUGGCCGCCAAAGUCCUGGAGAUGGACGACCCAUCCCAGCUGGGCCGGCGCCUGGGCCUCUACUCGGCCACGGUGGUGGCGGGGCUGGUGCUGCAUGGCCUCAUCGUGCUGCCCUGCAUCUACUGCGCCGUCACUCGCCGCAACCCCGUGGCCUUCAUGCGCGGCAUGCUGCAGGCCCUGCUCAUUGCGCUCGCCACCUCCUCCAGCUCGGCGACGCUGCCCAUCACGUUCCGCUGCCUGCUGGAGAACAAUCACAUCGACCGUCGCAUCGCGCGCUUCGUGCUGCCGGUGGGGGCCACCAUCAACAUGGACGGCACUGCACUGUACGAGGCCGUGGCGGCCAUCUUCAUCGCCCAGGUCAACGGCUACGACCUGGACCUGGGCCAACUCAUCACCAUCAGCAUCACGGCUACGGCAGCCAGCAUCGGCGCCGCCGGGAUUCCACAGUCGGGCCUCGUCACGAUGGCCAUCGUGCUCACGUCCGUGGGGCUGCCCAGCGAGGACAUCUCCCUCAUCGUCGCCGUCGACUGGGCGCUGGACCGUUUCCGGACUAUGGUGAAUGUUCUGGGUGACUCUCUGGGAGCCGGGAUCAUAUCUCACAUCUGCCGCAAGGAGUUCCAACAGCUGGACGGGGGACAGAGGAUCGUGGAGUUGAAGAGCAUGAGGCUGCCCCACGUCGCGAUGCAGCGCAAUGGCGCGGUGACCCCGGGGGUCAAACUGCCCCGCCGAGCGGCCACCUAUCCCCGUCAUGGCCGCCGUAGCGGCGGCGACGGUGGCAGCGGCGACGGUGACAGCGGUGGUGGUGUGUGCACUGGGACGUGGCUGCCGGCGAGCCCCCGCGAUCCCCGGUCACGCUCAUGCCGCGCGGCCACGCUGCGCCGCGAGUACUGGAGGUCGCGCUGCGGCAUGGGGACUCACAGCACCAGCACCGCCGGCAUCUCACGGGCAGCGGGGGCAGCUGGGGUAGCGGGGGGAGGCAGAGGAGGGGGGGAGGCUGCGGACGAGUGCGAGGAACGGACGACGAGAGGUGGCGAGCGAGCGGACGCGUGCGUCGUCAUCGACAUGAACGGUGAUGAUGGCGAUGAUGCCGUCGUCGUGGUAAUCGACUCGUCAGAAGACACCGACUCGGAGUCCAUCCUGUGAACUCUGAACUCCCCAUGGGGCGGGGGUGGGGGGUACGUUUAGGAGAUCGCUUGUGUAGAUCGGGUUAGACAUCGGGCUUAGGGUGAGUGUCUGGCUGGCUAGUGUCUGGCUGGCUAGUGUCUGGCUGGCUAUUGUCUGGCUGGCUAGUGUGACCAGGGCUAGUGUCUGGCUAGUGGGAUACUUAUCUGAUUUUUCAGAUGUUGUGGGGAAUAUAAGUAACCCAAUAGCUCAGUAGAAAAUUUGCCUCCUUAACAUAUCUUUCCCUCCACAUAAACAUUAAAAGUAGUUUUUACAAAUCCCAUCAGCCACGCUGCCUUCCGGGAGUCGAUCAUUUCAGUAGCAUUGAUUCAGUACGAAAUAACGUUCAGACAGGUUUGAACACUGCGUGUCUCAUCAGCACAUUCAGGGUUGUUUGAACCAGUGCUGGUGAACUGCCAGAUGUUUGUAGGCAAGGACCCUGUCUGUUAAUAACCAUUCACAGCCAUGCCUGUGUUGAACCACAAGACUUUUCAAUCUACCAAUGUUGUUCCAUGUGACGAUGAAUUCAAAUUAAGGUUUUUUUUUACCUCAUAACAAAAAACUUUCAAAAACCAAACAAAAAAAACAUGAAGUGCUUUUUGUAAAACGUACAAAUAUUCUACUGUGCUGUUCUCGCUGUGUCUCUCUGUGUGUGUCUUUGUGUAUAUACAUGUGUGUGUGGGGAGUAGUCGUGCAUCGGUUAACGCACUGCGCUACGAACCCGUCCACCCAAGUUCGAUUACCACUCACGGUCAACAUCAGUGACGAAUAUCCGAACCGGUCCUGAGCCUCCCCUGGGUCGACUCAGCCUUAAAUGAGUACCUGCUGGGGUUUGUAAACCUCAGUACAGGGGAGACAAUGGUGGUCAGGCUGGGCGCGGUUCCACCCACAACAUUUCCUCGUAGGUGCCGCGCCGUGACGGCCUUCGUAGGCACUCGCUUAAAGAUCCUGCCUCAACAGUCUGUGUGGGCUACACGGGGGACCUUUGUCUUUGUGCCUGCCUUGACACGCACGGCAUUCACUGUAAUGGUCAGUCACCGCGUCACUCCCACUGUGUUCAUGCGGCCGUCACAGAGAUUGAUGUACGGACGUCUCCAUUAAACGUGUUUCUUACUUUA